UCGUCAAUCAAUAUCAAAAUUCAAAUGAAUGAAUAGUGAUUGAUGCCUUCGCGAUCAUAAAAGAAAGCAACUUGUUUUCUUUGGAACAUUGGAUCUGGUUCUCGGGAAUUUGAAGCAGAGCUCCACUAAUUCUUUCAAGCCCUAGAAAUAGAUUUGAGGUUGGAAUCUGCGCUUCAAGAUGUCUCGGGUUUAUGUCGGGAACGUGGAUCCAAGAGCGACUGAGAGAGAGCUUGAAGAUGAGUUUAGGAUGUUUGGUGUUCUUCGCAGUGUUUGGGUUGCUCGAAGGCCUCCCGGGUAUGCAUUUGUUGAGUUUGAUGAUCGCAGGGAUGCCUUAGAUGCCAUUCGUGCAUUGGAUGGGAAGAAUGGGUGGCGUGUGGAGCUUUCUCAUAAUUCAAAGGGUGGUGGAGGCCGUGGUGGUGGGCGUGGUCGUGGAGGCGGCGAGGAUUCUAAGUGUUACGAGUGUGGUGAACCGGGCCAUUUUGCUCGGGAGUGUCGUUCGCGCGUUGGUUCACGUGGCUUGGGAAGUGGUCGGCGCCGAAGCCCCAGCCCUCGACGUCGUCAGAGUCCUAGUUAUGGGAAUGGGCGUAGCCCUCGUGGGAAAAGAUCUCCAAGGCGUCGCAGCUUCUCUCCUCGUCGUGGUCGCAGCUCCAGCAGGUCCCCUCCAUAUCGCCAUGCUCGCCGUGAUUCCCCUUAUGCUAACGCCUAAUGGGUAUGGCUAUGGUACCAUACUUUGGUAUUUUGUGAUCAUAUUUUUGCGUUAUCUUUUAUACUGCAAGCAGCCAUGGCCCUAUUGUAUAAUACAGUUGUUGCAAUUGGCAUUGAAACCUAACUAACAUCUAAAAAUAAAAUUCGAACAAGAAGAUUGAGCUAGUGGUGCACUGGUGCACAUAUUUUAGUUGCUACCAUGCUGGUUUGCUCAUUGCCAUCUGGACAUCGUGAUUCCCCUUAUUCAAAUGGGUUUAUUGUGGUAUCAUGGUUAGUUUUUUUUUUAAUUAACAUUUUUCACUAUCUUACAUGGGGCUUGUAUCUUUUUAUAUUCAAGCCUGCUGCCUCUAAGCCCCAGUGGAGGAUGACAUUAGGACUUGAUAAUCUGACUAUUCAAGCGAUUAAUAACAUUUUAUUGGGCAUCUGUGGCAUGUAAAAUGCUCGCAGCUACAGCAUGUCCUAUGUGUGGCCAUGCUCAUCUAUGCACCUUACGUUGGUAGAUUUAUUUUCAUAGACUGCUUAGUACUUUAGCAGUAUAGUAUGUGGUCAUUUGGCCACUGGCCAAAAGCUUUGUCGUGAAAUGUGUGUUUUGAGACCAUUUAAUACGGUGUCAUGAGGUACAGCAAUUUUGACAACU